AUGGCAGCUGUUGUGUACCUACGGACAUCGUGCGAGGAAGAGGCAGUAAACAUCAGAUUUGUGGCCUCGAAAACCAAGGUCGCUCCAUUAAAGCGAUUGACAGUCCCCCGAUUAGAGUUAUCAGGUGCAGUCUUAUUAACCAAACUGGUCUCCCAUCUGUUACACGUAUUGGAAUGGAAGAAUCUACGUAUAAUACUGUGGACCGACUCAUCUAUCACACAUACGUGGCUGAACAGCCAUCCCUCUCGAUGGAAGGAUUUUGUCUAUAACAGAGUUUGUCACAUCCAAGAAACAAUACCUCAGGCCGAGUGGAGGUUUGUGCCAGGUACGGACAACCCGGCCGAUUUUGCUACACGAGGUCUAACAACCUCACAGCUGUCGGAGCUUUCAAGUUGGUGGUGUGGGCCUUCAUGGCUCUCCCAACCUUCGUCAGCCUGGCCAAGACUCCCUACGGAAAAGCCCAUACGAGAAAACCUUGAAGAAAGACCUACGAAGGUUCUUUCAGUUAACACCAAGAAUUAUACGCCAUGGGAUUUAAUCAAUCGAUAUUCCAGCCUUGUGAAGUUGUACCGAAUUACGGCCACUUGUCAACGAGCAGUCUCUCGUUUCAAAAGGUGUACCGCCAUGUCAACUUUCGGUCCUCUAACUACGCAAGAGUUAGUGGACGCUAAAUUCUACUGGGUCAAGGAAAUCCAAAGGGCUUCAUUUCAGGGUGAUCUACAGCUGCUCUCCAAGGGGCGACCUAUUUCAAAGUCAAGUCCUCUUGUCCGUCUCACACCAUUUCUAGAUGCCAAGGGACUUCUGCGAGUCGGAGGUCGUCUUCAAUUCUCUUCUCUUUCUCAAGAUGAAAAGCAUCCCCUAAUCUUACCAAGGGAAUCAACUUUGACGUCACUCAUUAUUCGAGAUGCUCACUUGAGGACCUUGCAUGGAGGCACACAGAUCACUUUAUCUCUUUUACGAAGCGAGUAUUGGAUUGUAGGAGGAAGAGCUCCUGUCCGAUCUCUCAUCAUCAAAUGUGUUAAGUGUGCCCGCUACAGACAGACAAGGGCAAAGCAGUUGAUGGGUCAACUACCCGCUACCCGAGUCUCGCCCAAUCGUCCUUUCGAACAUACGGGCAUUGACUAUGCAGGACCAUUCGUGACGAAAACGUGGAAAGGGAAGAACGCACGCACGUAUAAAUCUUACAUCGCGGUAUUUGUCUGCUUCUCGACUUCUGCAGUGCACUUAGAAUUGGUUACGGAUUACACUGCGGAGGCUUUCAUCGCCGCGUAUAAGCGUUUUACGUCAAGAAGAGGAAUUUGCGUCACGCUUUCAAGCGAUUGCGGCAUUACGCUCAAAGGAGCAGACGCGGAAUUACGAAGAUUAUUCUCGCAAUCCACGGAGGAGUCAACCAAACUCGCCACGCUACUUGCAAAUGACGGGACGCAGUGGAAGUUUAACCCUCCUUCCGCUCCGCACUUCGGAGGGAAGUGGGAAGCGGGGGUUAAAUCGGUCAAAUACCACCUUCGUAGAGUUAUAGGGGAUACUCUCCUAACUUAUGAAGAAAUGACUACCCUACUUUCACAGGUGGAAUCCGUUCUCAACUCCAGGCCUUUGUGCCCUCUCACUGACGACCCUGACGAUCUAAACGCACUUACACCUGGGCACUUCUUGCUGGGUAGUGCUCCAGUUAUUGUUCCGGAACCUUCCCUGGACACGGUUAAGUUAAGUCGAUUAUCGCGAUGGCAACUAGUUCGGCAGAAGCUUGAGUCGUUUUGGUCACAAUGGUCUAAGGAGUGUCUUCAACGCUAUCUUUCGGUAUACAAAUGGAACAGAGUGAAUAAAUCCCUCGAGAAAGGGACUUUAGUUCUGGUAGUUGAUGAUAGGUACCCGCCUUCAAAAUGGCCAUUGGGGCGCAUUAUCCAAACACACCCGGGUAAGGACGGUCAUACUCGAGUUGUCACGAUACAAACUCAAACUUCAGUCCUAACACGACCCAUUGCAAAAGUUUGUCCCCUUCCGAUCGAGCAAGACACAUUGUGA